AUGUACAAGAGGAACUACUCAUCGCUAACUUGGACAGUGGCAAAGGAGAUUAAAACUUGGCUUUCUUUUGCUUCUCUUUAUUCAAUGUUGUUAACCUAUGUUCAAUGUGAUGACAAAAUUUUACUAAAGCUUAUUGGAAUCUGGGAAAUGGACCGAGACGAAAGACUAUCUGGCUUAAACAUUGAAGGCAUAGCAGGCGCAUCAAAGAUCGUGUUCGCAAAAGGUUGCUAUGGGACAGAACUGGCCAAUAGCAUUGACCUUGUAAAUACAGGGCAAUAUCUCCAAAGGCAAAUACAGGGGAAGGAGCCAAUGGAACUUGGAAAUAGAGGGUGGCAAGGUGGUUUGGACCCGAAUAAGCACGAAAGGAAUGGAACGAGUAAAUUGUAA